UUGAUUUUCUUCCUAUCUCAUUCAGCACUUUAUUGUCAGGCGCUCACUAACGGUUAUCUCAGAAGGUCAAACAAUUUCAGAUCGCGUGGUGCUGCAUCAUCGCCGACUUCUAUACAGUAUCGGAAUGGAACCCAGUACUUUGCUGCAAGUUCUAGUCCCAGUUCGUCAGUCUCUUAUACUAAUGUUGCUCCGCAAGGAACUGUACGUGGGGGAGCAGUAGUGAGCAGAGGGAUUCGUGUUAGAGGUGCCUAUUUCUUCCUCAUCAAAACCAUCGGGGUUCCAGUACUCCUAGAUAAUUUCUUAUUUUCAUCUCCCGUUUACAAUGGCGUCACUGACGAUUUUUUUCAGUCCUCUGUACCGGCUGCUCCCACAUCGAAAUCUUACUCAAAAUCGCAGAAGGCCAGAGAUGAAAUGAAGCUGGCCCAUCAAUCAGCCACCGAAAAACGAUCUGAAAUAGAUGAAGAUGAAGAGAAUCUUGGCUAUGCGGAGACCUAUGCGGAUUAUGUCCCUGCUAAGCUCCGUUCAGGAGUCGCCCAUCCUGAUUGUGUUGUUGAAACGGCGUCACUCAGUAGUGUAACUCCACCUGAUGUCAAAUAUCAAAUUAGCAUUCCAGAAUAUCUCAUUGAUAAUGGUUCCAUAUCUGCGCUACAAUUGGAAGCCGUCAUUUAUGCUUGUCAAAUGCAUCAGCAAAGACUCCCAAGCGGAGAGCGAAUAGGGUAUCUAAUAGGUGACGGAGCUGGAGUUGGCAAGGGAAGAACUGUGGCAGCCAUAAUUUUCGAGAAUUAUUUGUUGGGUCGAAAGCGCUCCAUAUGGUUAUCUGUAUCAUCCGACUUGAAAUUUGAUGCUGAAAGGGAUUUACGGGACAUCGGUGCCGGAAACAUUAUGGUCUACGCUCUGAACAAAUUGAAGUACGCGAAAAUCUCAGGCAAGGAAAAUGGAAAUAUAAAGAAAGGUGUAAUCUUUGCUACGUAUUCUUCUCUUAUUGGCGAAUGCAGAGGUGCUAGAGUGAAGUAUCGAAGCCGUCUGAAGCAGUUGAUACAGUGGUUUGGCGUAGAUUAUGACGGUGUGAUCAUCCUGGAUGAGUGUCAUCGUGCCAAAAAUCUGGUGCCCAGCACAGGUGCAAAGCCAACGAAAACAGGUCGAAUGGUUCUUGAACUGCAAAAAGCUUUACCAAACGCUCGGGUUGUUUAUGCUUCCGCCACGGGCGCCACUGAGCCACGAAAUAUGGCAUACAUGACUCGCCUGGGACUGUGGGGUGCUGGACAAGCUUUUCCUGAGUUCGUCAACUUUAUCAAUGCUGUUGAGCGAAGAGGCGUUGGAGCUAUGGAAAUUGUUGCAAUGGAUAUGAAGCAAAGAGGUCUUUACCUUGCUCGCCAACUUUCCUUCCGUGGUGUGUCAUUCAAUGUCCAAGAAGUCCCUCUUUCUGAUGAAUUCAUCAAAGUAUACGAUGAUUCCGUAAAGUUAUGGUUGGAAUGCCGACGACAGUUUCAACUUGUGCUAAGCGCGAUGUCUGGAGAAGAACGAUCAUCUUGUAAACAACUAUGGGGACAGUUUUGGGCUUGCCAUCAGCGAUUCUUCAAGUAUCUCUGCAUUGCAGCUAAGGUGGACAAAUGUGUGCAAAUGGCACGAGAUGCUAUCAAAGCCAACAAGUGUGUGGUCAUCGGCCUACAGUCUACUGGAGAAGCGCGAACGUUAGAGACAUUGGAAGAGAUGGGUGGCGAACUUACUGAAUUUGUUUCCACUGCCAAGUACGUUUUAUUUGAUGGUUUUUCUGAGUUCCGCCCAAUUCUGUAUUGUUAUUCUCUUCGAACAACCUGUAUUUCUUAUCAGAACUCUACAACCUCUUCGUCAGACGGGGAUGAUUAUGGUGACUUGGAUCAAGAUUCAGGACUAGAAGAAGAGGCUGAAGGUUCGGAAGUGGAAUCGAAUAUUGGAGACAAUGGCGAUGAUUGGCUGAAGGCGCUUCUUGCCGAAGUAGCAUCAUCAAGUGAGUCCGACGAUGACGAUCCCACAGAUACGCAAGCUAGCGGCGGAGAAGAAGAGUUCAAUCCAUUUAAUUGCGACUUCACUGACGAUCCAUGGGCAUCCAAACAGCAAGUGGUGGAAGAUUCCCCUAGAAAGCAAAAUCAGGUGCGAAGUUUUCCUCAACAGCAGUUGGAAGAGCUUCGCUUGCGACGCCGCGAGAGGAGGAAACGCCGGAAGAAGCGAAUGAAAAAGGCAGCGAGGGAGGCGGAAAUGAAGCGUCGUAGAGAAUUCGAUAGCGAAGCGAUGGCUGAGCUCUUAACUGCUGUAGAAAGGCUCGGUCCAUCUCUCCCUCCCAAUACAUUGGAUCACCUCAUCGACCAACUUGGCGGGCCCGAGUAUGUUGCGGAGAUGACGGGACGUAAAGGACGGAUUGUUACUAGAGAUGAUGGUGAGAUCGAAUACGAGUUACGUCACGCUGGUGCAGACGUCCCAUUGGAACUGAUGAACAUGGACGAAAAAGACAAGUUCAUGAAAGGAGAAAAGAAGAUUGCAAUCAUAUCAGAGGCUGCUUCUAGUGGAAUUUCCCUUCAGUCGGACCGUCGUGCUCAGAAUACUCUUCGACGUGUACAUAUUACAUUGGAGCUGCCUUGGUCUGCUGAUAAAGCAAUACAGCAGUUCGUUCAUAAUAAUAGUUAUCUUUCUAACCAUCUCAGCGCUCCCGAAUAUGUAUUCCUUAUUUCUGAGUUGGCAGGAGAAAAACGAUUCGCAUCAAUCGUUGCCAAACGCUUGGAGUCUUUGGGUGCUUUGACUCAUGGUGAUCGCCGUGCGACCGAAAGUAGAGAUCUGUCACAAUUCAAUAUCGACAACCGAUACGGUCGUGAUGCGCUUGAAGUGCUACUGAAAUCUGUGACGGGUGCACUGAACCCACCACUUAUUCCUCCUCCGGCUGAUUAUAAGCCUGGAGAUUUCUUUCAAGAUAUGCGACUGUACAUGGAGGGAGUUGGUCUUCUAUCAAAGCAACCUAACACUGACUGUUAUACAAUUGAAAGAGAAGCAGCUACUAUCUCCAAAUUCCUCAAUCGUAUUCUUGGCAUACCAGUACACGCUCAAAACGCACUAUUCCAUUAUUUCACUGAGAUUGUUGCGGAGCUAAUAGCCCAGGCAAAACUAGAUGGCACGUAUGACAUGGGAAUAAUGGAUUUGGGAACUGGAGGAGAUCAAGUUCGUAAAUUAGAGACAAGAGUUUUUGUUGGAAGAGCCGAGAAAGGUGGAUUCCGUGUGGAAAUGCAGAAGAUUGGUGUCGAAAGGGGACUAUCUUGGGAUGAGGCUUUCGCUCUCUACAAAGAGCACAAUUCAGAUGAGGACGGCUUUUAUGUUUCAAAUACUUCGAACACGGGUCGGCAAGUUGCCGUGUUGGUUUAUGGCAUUGGUAAACGUCGCUUCGACACAGGCGCACGACUGUACGCUGUAACUCGCCCUUCAAUUGGCCGAUCACCGAAAUUAAUCACAAUGGCAGAAAUAUCUAAACGUUUUGUCAAGGUACCACCAGAAGAUGCGAAGCAAUUGUGGGAAGAUCAAUACGCAGACAACUGUCACCAUACGUAUGUGCAUGGCAAAUGUAAAAGCGAGGCGAUGGGAGUGUACUGCGAAGUAGGACGGCGGACGCGAACCUACUUCGUGCUCUCCGGUUCUGUGCUUUCUGUUUGGCCGGUCGUAGAAGAAGUUCUUUCGGAUCGCGAUCGGCGGGCGUCACGAAUGCAAGUGAUUCGUGUAAGGACAGAACAGGAUCAGAAGAUAGUUGGUGUACUAGUGUUGCCUCAUUUUGUGCGCACACUGGUGGCACGCCUCGAGGAGCACUGUUCACGUUGCUUCGUGGAGGCGAAAAAGGAUGACAAGAAGCAGAAACCCUAA